CGGCAAGAUGACCGACGUGCGUCAUUGGUAUAAAUGUGAUUCAUAAACUGUCGAAAGUAUUUUCGAGUGAUAUCGCUUUGUUUUCUUUUUAUCGUGAUUAGAAUUGGCAUAGUUGUUAGCACCAUUAGUAUACCCAAUCCAGUCAUGUCUACGCUCGCGAAUUCAUUCACUAGCUCCGCUGCCACUGCCAUUAUCGUUCCUGGCAAGCCGAACCCGUUAACAAUUUCGUACCAGCGCCUACGUUCUGAUGUGAACUCAUUCCAAGCGAAACUGGCCAAGCUGGGAAUUUCGCCAGGAGUUGCUGUUUCAAUUGCGCUGCCCAAUUCGUACGAAUUCAUUGUAUCUUUUCUGGCUGCGUCAUGGCAGAGAGCCAUUGCGGCUCCUCUGAAUCCUGCGUAUAAGCAGGAAGAAUUCGAAUUCUACAUUGAUGACUUGAGUUCGGCAUUAACGCUCAUCCCAAAAGGCUCCUUUGCGAAAGAUGGGCCGGCCGUACGUGCUGCGAGGAAAUACUCUGCUGCUAUUGCCGAAUGCUACUGGAACGGAGUGGACGUGGUUUUGGACGUGAGAGAGUAUGGAAAAUUGGCCGGGAAGUGUGAUUUAAAGAAGGAAACGGCUCAGCCUGAUGACAUCGCAUUGGUGCUCCAUACCUCAGGCACUACUGGUAGACCAAAGGCUGUACCCCUUACACACAGGAAUCUGACAAGGACCAUGAGAAACAUUCAAAUGACCUACGACUUGACGGAAAAGGACCGAACACUGCUCGUAAUGCCUCUUUUCCAUGUUCACGGGUUGCUCGCAGGGUUCCUGGCACCUCUUUUGUCCGGCGGCUCAGUCAUUGUCCCUGAAAAAUUCUCAGCUUCGACAUUUUGGUCUGAAUUCAUUACGUAUAGCGCGAACUGGUACACUGCAGUACCUACCAUUCACCAGAUUCUCCUUAAGACACCACUCCCGAAACCUAUGCCAAAAAUUCGAUUCAUUCGCUCCUGUUCCUCCCCAUUGUCCCCAAAGACCUUCCAUGAAUUGGAAAAGACUUUCCACGCUCCGGUACUAGAAGCGUAUGCAAUGACAGAAGCAGCCCAUCAGAUGACGAGCAAUCCUCUUCCUCCAGGGAAGAGACAGCCAGGUACUGUUGGGAUCGGCCAGGGAGUGGAAGUUAAAAUUCUUGACGAAGAUGGAAACGAAGUUCCUCAGGGAUCUGAGGGCGAGAUCUGCAUCCGUGGGGAGAAUGUUACCAAGGGAUACCUUAACAACCCUGCUGCUAAUGAAUCCUCUUUCACAAAGUCUGGAUUUUUCCGCACUGGCGACCGAGGAAAGAAGGACAAGGAUGGUUACAUUUUUAUAACGGGGCGCAUCAAGGAGCUGAUCAAUAAGGGAGGCGAGAAAAUCAGCCCUAUCGAACUGGACAACACGAUUGCUUAUCACCCCAAUGUAGCGGAGGCGGUUUCUUUUGCCAUUCCGGAUCCUCACUACGGCGAAGAUAUAGGGGUAGCAGUUGUGUUGAAGAAAGGUGGAAAUCUGUCAGAAGACAUGCUGAAGUCAUGGAUUGCGCCUAAAGUUGCGAAAUUCAAAAUUCCCAAAAAGAUAUGGAUCCUUUCCGAAAUUCCUAAAACCGCAACAGGCAAAAUACAGCGUCGCAAGGUCGCGGAAGCGAUGUUGAAGAAAGAAACCCCAAGUCCAAAGUUGUAAACAAAUCGAAAGAUACAAUCACGAUCAGUUCAGUAUUGCGACGAUAGAGCCAGAAAUAUGUAAAUAGAUUUUUUCGGCAUCUCCUCCUUUUUACCGCGCAUCUUGGUUAAAGGAUAUAUUCAUCCUAAAUCCCUUUGGCUUAUACGUUCUGAGAUUGCAAAUAUUAAGGCCUAUAUAUGGGUUUUUCAGUCUGUUCCACACCGUCACCUUUAGUUACACAUUCCUUCGAUUCAUGAUUAUAAUAGUUUGCUGUUUGC